AUGGAGCUGACCGUGAAACGUCACGGUCAGAGGACGGAAGCUGCUCUGCGCUGCUAUGAUGUGACACGCACACCUGCAGCUUGGCGUUCCGGGCGUGACGUCACGGGGCGCGGGGUGCCGCGGGCCAGCGGGGUGGUGGGGCGAAGGCGCGCGGGGCGACAGCGGCGCAGAGCCGGCAGUGUACGGCCGGUCGCCACGCGUGUUGACGUUGCACGAUGCGCGCGCGGUGAAAAAAAAACAAUCGCGAUGCUGUUCGAGAGUCCCAACGCGAAACUGUUCCCGGCGUUCAACAUCCCGCCGCCCGUCAGGCUCAGGUGA